AUGACGGUGCCGCCGCCGUUCGUGGCCCCGACGGCGGGUGUCGUGGUCAACAGUACGCUCACGCUCCGCCCCGGUCUUUACACAGACGCCGACUUUGUGACGCCGGCCGGGGCCACCUGCCGAGUCAUUUCCGAGUCUUGGAUUCUGGGACAGACCACGCUUUUGCCGGCCCGCGUCACUGGCAUAUAA